AAUUCGAAUGUCCUGUUUUUUGUCUUGGUAUUGUACAGAGAUCCUGUCAGCAGCCAAUGACCGUGAGCGCAUACUCAAAGUAAGACCCGUGACAGAUCCAAUGGUUCACAAUGUGCACCAAUCCGAUCCAACAGCCAUUCAACGUGUACAGUGACUUUUAAACAAAAGCGACGUCGUAUAGCUCAAGAACGAGGAAACAAGCCACCGUAAAAUGCAAACAAUAGCGACGCCAGUUAAAGAUUCGCUUAAAAACUGAAAACAGAGUCACAAAAAUGCCAGUAGCCCAAGCAGCAACCCUGAACCACAUCUCCAGAGAAUCCUCGGAUAUAAGGCGUCUCGCCAACUUUUACAAGGAGAUUUUUGGUUUUGGGGAAACUGAAGCCCCAGAUUUCGGGGAAUUCAAGGUGAUAUGGCUGAAUUUGCCUGGAGCUUUUGCCUUCACCUUGUCGAGAGAAGCCCCGUCACCAAGCUUCCAGAAGGUCCCUACAGCGCCACGUCACCCGUCCUUGACGCUAGCCAUCUCCCCAGAGGGCAAGGGAAUACAGACUUUCCAACGCUCCCUGCCCAACGGGAAGGUCAAACAAAUCUUCUUCUUUGAUCCUGAUGGUAAUGGAUUGGAAGUCGCCAGUAAGAGCAAUGAAUAGGCCAACUCCACCUGUGGCUAUGGUAUAAAAUAUGUUGUCAAAGUAGACCGAGGGAAAAUGUUUGAACAUAUGCUGUAUUUUGAGACUAUUAAUCAUGUACGCUAGGAGUGCUCGGGAUUGUAUACAUGCCUGUUAUUGUUUCUUAA